UUUUUUUUUUUUUUUUUAACUCCAUCUUAAACACGGAAGUCAGUGUGACGCACCAGUACACACAGCUGCUCAGCGGGGGCAAUGCAAUAAACACAGCGUCGUCAUUCGGUGCCAAACACAGCGGGCAGUGCGGGCAAGGUGUCGUAGUUCAGACCAUCAUGCCCUUUGCUCUGGCAGCGGAACAGGAAGUGUGUGUGUGAGUGUCCCUGGUUGGCUCUGCUGGGAUGAACAUGCCACUGCACCAGAUCUCUGUCAUCCCCCGUGAUGUCACCUCAUCGCGGGUGUCAGGCAGUGGGAAAGCUAAGGACAAGGACAAGCAGAAUGAAAAGCCUCUGGGUCAUUCUGCCAGCAGGUCCAGCAAUAUAUCAAAGGCUGGGAGCCCGACUUCAGUCAACGCUCCAUGCAGUUUCUCGAGGACGUCGGUUUCCCCAUCCAGCCAGGACAUCUGCAGCAGUCAGGAUCAGGACUGUCACAAGCAGACUGCUGUGGUUCUGUUGAAUUCUAACGGUAAAACCUGUCAAGGUUCAGGGGGUAUUUCAGUGACCACCCUCUGCACAGACGGCCUGCCAGCUUCAAAACACGCCAAACAACGAGACUGGCUCUCACUGAUCCGCCCCUCAUCCGUCAACAUCCGCCCCAAUGGCUCGCUCAGGUUUUCCAUGUCUCUGAACGACGUGGGCCAGCGCGUGGACAGUCUUUGUCGAGGUCUGCACUUCAUCGACCGAACCUGCUCCGAGGGGGAGCUGGAGCUGAAGCCCGAACCUCCUCAGCCACCCAGCUCGGAUCGAAGGGCGCACACACUCAACGUCAAGCUGGCUGCAGCACCCGCAUACCAGAACCCAAAUCCUGCCUUCUCAACACGCACCCACCCCCACCUUGUCCCCUCCUUCACCAACAACUACAAAUACAUGCUGGGCAUCCCACCCGCCAAUUGUCUCCCAUCUGAUCCCACCAUCAUCGCUCCUGCUCUUCCUCUGUCCAACACCCACCUUCAGCCUCAUCCCUCCCCGAGCGCCAACAUCCUCCGUCUCCUCCUCCCCUUCUCUCGAUCCUCUACCUCGGCCAGCCUUCAGUGCUCUGAGCUCGGCAGCUACGCCUCUCACCUCCACAUCACCAAGUCCUCCAGCGCCCGGCUGGAAGACAGCGAGUCAGGGUUUCCCCUCGAGGAUCAACUGGGAGAUGACGACGUGUUUGAGGAGUACCGGCCCAGUCCAGCCACAAAGGGCAUGGGCCAGCUGGCAACCCCAGAAACAAUCACCAGGGCUAGGCCAGGUGCUCUUCUCGCCCCCCUGUGUUAUAUGGAUGAGGACAGCGACUUGGACUGCUGCCCAUCCCCUUUGUCAGAGAAAACUGGGCCACUGUCACCCUAUUCGCUAUCAGGGGACUGCUGCAGGAUUUGUCACUGUGAAGGGGAUGACGAGAGCCCUCUGAUCACACCAUGCCACUGCACAGGGAGCCUGCGCUUCGUCCACCAGUCCUGUCUACAGCAGUGGAUCAAGAGCUCCGACACUCGCUGUUGUGAGCUCUGUAAAUAUGAGUUCAUCAUGGAGACCAAGCUCAAACCGCUGCGCAAGUGGGAGAAGCUACAGAUGACGGCGAGCGAGAGAAGGAAGAUCAUGUGUUCCGUCACCUUCCAUGUCAUCGCCAUCACCUGCGUGGUAUGGUCGCUCUACGUUCUCAUCGACAGAACAGCUGACGAAAUCAAACAAGCCGGAAGAAUCCCAGGGAUCCUGGAAUGGCCUUUCUGGACCAAACUGGUGGUUGUGGCCAUCGGCUUCACUGGUGGACUGGUGUUCAUGUAUGUCCAGUGCAAAGUCUAUAUCCACCUAUGGAGGAGACUCAAGGCUUACAACCGGGUCAUAUAUGUCCAGAACCGGCCAGACACGUGUAAAAAGCUGGUGCUGGAGAAGCCGCCACUCAUGGAGCCGAGUCUGGAGAGCAAGGAAGCUCUGGCCCCCACCCAGUCGGACACAAACUCCUCCCAGUACACAGAGACAGAGGACUACAGUAUGGAGGUGCUCCAUGUCUGACCGUUCAGUUCAUGCCAUCGGUUGUCCCACUCAUACUACACACACAAACAGGCCCACAGUGAAGCUGUCGUGGAAGUGCUUGUUGACUGAGGAACCACCAGACAGUCCCCUUCCUCUGAUCGCAGACUUGACCCUAUGUCCUCCUCUGGUCAUCUUAUAUUCCCAAAACUCGAUCCACAGAGACAGACCUUGACUAUCUUAUUCUAUCCACACUCCUCCUAUCGGACCUUAUCCCUCCCUCCACUUACCCCCUCAAACCACACAUCUCGCCUCUUUCCUUUCCCGGGACCGGACUGUUUUUAGUGACUUCUGUAAAUGUCUGAAGAGGCCUGGAGCAUAGCCCUCUACACACACACACACACACACACACACACACACACACACACACACACACACACACACACACACACACACACACACACACACACACACACACACACACACACACACACACAUUCACACACGCACACACACUUGUAUGUACACCUCUGGGAGAGCAGGACUGAGACAAAUGGACUCACAAACAGCUCCGGAGGCCUACACGUCUCUGGUAACGUGGUUUGUUUACUUGUGGGUUUGUUAGAUUUGUUCGUUUUUACCUCCUGUGAGCCUUGGGCUCACCUGCCGUGGAUCAGUAUGUAGCGCCGCGCAUCGGAUCUCUGGAACAUUCCAGCUACUGCCAUCUCUGUUGCUGUGGUCUGUCAGCUCCGAGCUGGUCUGGAUCCGACCAGGCCUUGAUCUGGACAUGCAUCGAAGCACUUUUGUUUUUUAGUUCCACAACAAAUCCCCCCUCCAUUCCUUUUAUUCUUCUAUAUUUUUUUCUUUAAUAUAAAUUUUGUCUUAUAUGUUGUACAUGGGGGAGAGCACACUCGAACAAACUUGGAAAUGUUUCUUUCCUGUUUAAUUUGACGUUGCAUUUCCUCAUAUGCACAUAUACGUAUAUAUAUUAACCCUCCCAUGGAUGACAAAAAAGGAAUUGGGGUUAAAAAUGGAAUCGUGCUGAAGGAAACAUGUUAGUGUUUUAGUCAAAACAGAAAAAAUAAGAGUUUUGAAUAUAACAAGCUCAUCACUCUAAAUGCAGAAAGUCCCACCACAUGACUUCUCUACCCCAACGUGAACUUUCUGAAGGCUUUGAGAAUGUAAACUUUUUAAAAAAUGAUUCAAAAAAUAAAUAAAAUAUUAAAAAAAAGUUUUUUUACUGGUCACAGGAAAUUGCGAGAUAAUUUCCAUGUCUUGAGAUCAUAAUGAGAGCCUUUGGGCAUAAACAGCAUCGCUCAUGUUUUUCUAUCAUGCGAAUGACACAGUAUUUACAGUGUGAUAUUCCAUGUGCAGUUUUUAAUAUGUUUAUUUGUUUGCUUCGUCACAGGAUAUGCCUUGAGAAAUCCACAACUGCCUAUUUUCAGCCUGUCCUCCUGUUGCUCCCCUUAUGCAGGCGUUGCAUUGAUUGACCUCAAAUAGAUAGUUGUGAUUACAGGCAGACUGCUUCAAAAAAACUUUAGGCAAAUUUUUCGCUUUGCAUGUCAGGACCUGCAAAUGUACAAUUAUGUUGUGGUAACACGGUGCUGUUGUAGGAUCUUUACCAAGCAUUUCAGACGCGCAGAAGUCUCAGUUUCAGUGAAAGUGUUUUGUUUGUUCUUGCCAGGCUCUUAUCACAUGGUGGAGGAUGUCUAUUUUAGUAUAUAAUCACAAGACAGCCAGCAUGUUGCCUCUCAUUUGAUUGAGUGUUUUUUUCACAUCUGGCCUUACGUGGCUCAGAUAAGAUCAGUUGUUCCAACACCUCCUCCUUUCAUUUCCCAGAGGAAGCACAGUGAAGCACAGCUUAGAUACUGGAACUGCAUUAUUUCAGUAUUCAAGGUGAUUUUUUUUUAUCAGUGCAACAUUUUCACUGUAGAUAAUUAAGAAACACAUGCAAUAUGUCCACACAUUUACUGCCUGUGAUAGGUAGUGUGCAUCAUCACUCAUUGAUGAGCUGACUGGAGCGCCACCUGCUGGUGUGAAGCUGAAGGUGCAGUCUGAAGUAGGCAGCGGUUGAUUUCUCAGGGUGAUGUGUUUUUGGGCUUACAGUCAUUGUAAGUGCUUUUGUGUAAGUGGGAGCACAGCGAUGCCAGGCUCAUGUUGAGCCUCACAGCCAUUCCAGCAACAUACACAUUUUUAAAAAACUGUCUUUGAUACCAGUAUACUGUCUGUGAAUAACAAUGGUCCAACAAUAUACCUGACAAUUACUGCUCAGCAGCAGCAGCAAUAAAUGAAAUCCACACUUUGUUUUCUGCGACAAUGCAUACAGUACUUGUGUAUAUGCCCCAUGGUGACUUGAGAUCUGGAGUCUAAUAUAAUUUUAAAUACAUAAUACGAGCCUACGGAAUCGUCGCGUGUCAAGUUGGAUUAAGACCUAGUAACGAGAAGCUUCCCUGAAACUUCAAUACCUGCGAGGCUCAGUGCAAUUAGACAGAUAAAAAGUGCAAUUACCCUUUUGUUGUUAUUCUAUUCUAUAGUUAUGUAAUGGUGUUUAAUGUCCAGAGUGUCAUCUGGGUAUAAAAUGAUUAUUUCUUCAUUUUGUGUUGUAUUUAUUUUAAAAAGAAAACAGAGUACAAUUUGUUCAUUUAAACCCCCCCUUUCAUUAGUAAUUUUAUGCAACUUACACUUAGUUGAUUUCCCAGGCAUAAGUACCAGAAAAUGACUUUCACUCUUUGUUUUGCACUUUGUUUAUUUUUUAGGUAUUACACUUGUAAAAAGCUUGUUUGCCAGCCCGAAUGUGAAUAUCUGCUCUUCCUUCUUGCUUUUUAAAUUGAGUUUUGUUUUGAAAGGGCAGAAUAUAGAUCUGUAACCACAGCUUCAAAUUUUAACAUUUCAUGUUUUUCACAUAAAAACAAAAUGGAAUAUUUAGACUUCCUUCAGAUGAAAAAGUAAAGAUUGACUGUAGAUUAUGCUUCUUUUUUUUCUCCUUUUUUUUUUUUUUUUUUUUACAUACUAAUCAUAGGAGCUGGCUCCUUUCAUGAAGUCUGACACAGAAGUUUUGAUGUAGUCCUGAUGAAGAUUGAUGCCACUUUAAGAUGCUUUUACAAGCAGCCAUGUUCCUUUCUGAGAGCAGAUUUUUCUUUCUUACUUUCUUUCUUCUGUCACCAUGAACAGAUUUCUUCAUUGUAUAAUCCUACUGAGCAGGACAUCCACUGAGAGGGAAAGGUGUUUUCUCAGCUUCACUGUCCUUGUAUUUUCAAUCUAGACUUUUCUGUCUGUCUUUGCCCUAUUGCUUCAAUUUUAUCACGUCUGGGAAUAGUGUAACUUGCAUAAAGCUACAUUUGUUUACUACUGACUGGACUUGAACAUAUAUGACUGUUCCCCUGUCUUAUGAUAUCAUUCCACAAGUUUGUCUGUGAAUUUAUUUUGGAAUAGUAACUGUAAAGAAUUUGGUAAAAGUACUUAUGUUUUUAAAAGAAAUAUUGAUGUGUUUUCAGUUUAAUUUCCCAUUAUUGAACAAAAGUAUGUAGAAUUAAAAAGAACAACCAAAUAAAAUUAAGUUACUUUUAA